GCUCUCCGACGGCUGCGUUGCUCCCCACCUCCCCUUCUAGCCACCAGUACUCUGGGCUCGUGAAGUGGCAGCUGUGAGGUCGCCAAUCCGCGCUUUGAACUGGGCGACCGCUGAGGACUCAUGUGAAGCCGCGACGACAGAAACCUAAGGAGCAGCAGACUCGCGGAUCUUAUCGGUUCUUCGGCACUUCCAGGCUUGUGGAAAUCGCAUCCACUUUUUCAUUGCCUUCAAUUCCUACGUGUGACGCAACCAAGUGCGACUUAGCACUCAAGCCCGUGCUCCUCAGGUCUUUAAUCAUAGCGCGACAUCGCUUAGUCAACUUUUCACGAGAUAAGUCAUGAUGUCGCCGCUAUCUCUUUUGCGACGUCAGGUGCUGCAAUUUUUAACAGAAAAUGCUUAAACUUUAACCAUUUGUUCACAAAGCCACAUUAUGAGCCGACAUUAUUUUCUUGUCUUGUUAGUAUUGUAAACAAAACACUUGAUGCCCUAAAACACGUCUCCGAAAGACACAAAACUAGGUAAAUAAAUGCCAAUCGAGUGGAAUUUUCACCAUAUAAAACUUGUGCUGGAAUUUUCCAACGGAAAACUCCCGCUCUGAAAAUAGAAUAGGAACACAAAAAAAACACGUCUUGUAUGUAUAUCCCACUUGUCUACACAUACAGUAUUCCUAACCUUUCGGGUAUUUGUUUACCGCACACAACUAAAUACCAGAAACUCACUUUCUAUAUUUUAAACGCCGUGCCAUUUGUUUUGUAGGUACAAACCGUCAGCAGUUUACGCUGAAGGGCAUCGUCCGGUGCACUUCUAGCUUACUGUCUGGCGAAGCCGCUCUGCGUAAGAAGGUGAAUUCGAGCUUUUCUUUCAUACGCAGAUACCCUGCGCAACUGCAUCUGAGAAGAACAAUGGCUGCCAGCAACGCGGACUGCUCGACGCAAACCAGUGAUACUGCAUUGAAGCUUCGCCGCGUCGAAGGCAUCUUGAUCACUGAGCUGGUUCAACGAGUCUCGGCUGCGAUCAGCGAUGCAGUACGAGCCGCGGACCGGCGACGUGUUCAUCAUGGGCUUCCCGAAGACGGGCACAACUUGGUUGCACUUCAUGGUGCGGCGCCUGCUCAACAAAGAUGACGAGACGCCGCUGGAGAGCGCUGCCGCGUGCGCGCCCGGUGUUUCGUUCCUCGAAAUCGCCGGUGCCGGGAACGUCGAGUCACUGCGUAGACCUGGCGCUGUCAUCAAGACGCACUUGCUCUUCGAGAACGUGAAAUUCUCGGAAAAGGCCAGAUAUAUCUACGUGCUGCGUAACCCGUACGACACCUGUGUGUCGUUCUACCACCAUUUACGAACGAGGAGCUCGGAUUUCCGCGACAUUAGCUUUGACGACUUCUUCGAGCAGUUCAUCGACGGCUAUGUUUACCCGGGCGACUACUUUGACCAUUUGACAUCUUGGCUGGCGCAAAGCUCAAAGGCCAACCUUCUCUUCAUCGCGUACGAGGACAUAAUAAGAGAUCCCCGCUCCAGCAUCUUGAGGAUUGCGGCCUUUCUCGACAAAAGGCUGGAAAUGACUCUGAGCAAGGACGAGGCAGUGCUGGACGCCUUCUUACAGACGAUCUCCGCUGAUGUCAUGAAAGCGAUCUUCCUCGACGCCUACGUGGCAAGACAGCGAGACAUGCCCAGCGGCUGCAGUCAUUCCGAGUCAGAAAGCCACAACCAUCUAAACGGCCCGUGUGAGCCAGAUGAAAGAGCCAGCGGCAGAAACAUUGUCAGGAAAGCAGUUGUCGGGACUGGAAGAAUUACUUCUCGGCGUCUCAGAUUGAACGCAUGAAGGCCAAAAUGGCAUCAAAGACUGUCGCACUCAAACAAUUGCUUUAUGUUCUGUGGAAGAACGCUGACUUGCCAUAGACAUCUGAUGCUGCGCACACGCUAUGUUCGUGCAGCGUGAUUGCAGCACUUGCAUUGAUUCCCAAGCAUCAAGCUUGAGAAUAAAUUUACACAAAGUCGAGUUCUAUUGUCAAUUUCUUGUAUUGAACCCAUAUUGUGCUGCUAUGACCACCUGGU